CACAACAUAACCAGCCACCUGGGCUUCAGAAAACUCACUCCCCAGCUGGGACGCAGAAAACCAGCCACCAGCUCAUCCCUGACACAUCGCUUGGGGUGGCUCCCAGUCUGGACACCUGGGUUCCAGCCCUUCUGCAGGCUCCCAGCGCACUGGCUGCUGGAAAGGAGGAGCUGAGAAGAUGAGUUCAAAUGUUUACAUCCCGCUGGUUCUCACUGUCUACAUCUUCACCUUCCUGACCGGCCUCCCGUCCAACCUUCUGGCCUUCUACACCUUCCUGGUGAAGGUCCGCCAAAAACCCACCCCCGUCGACAUCCUUCUCCUCAACCUCACUGUCUCCGACAUCUUCCUCCUCAUCUUCCUCCCCUUCAAGAUGGCGGAGGCUGCCUCAGGCAUGGUGUGGCCCUUGCCUGCUUUCCUCUGCCCACUCACCAACUACUUUUACUACAACAGCAUCUACAUCAGCUCCUUCUUCCUCAUGGCCGUCAGCGUUGAUCGCUACCUGGGGGUGGCCUUUCCCAUCAAGUACAAGCUCCGGCGCCGUCCAGCUUAUGCUAUCGCCACCUCCGUGGUCUUCUGGUUGAUCAUCUGCGCCCACUGCAGCAUCGUCUACAUUGUCCAAUACGAGGUCCUGAGCCCCAAUGGGACUGCGACUUCCAAUAACGUGUCCAACUGCUAUGAACAUUUCUCCCCUACGCAGCGCCAGAUCCUGCUCCCUGUCCGGCUGGAGUUCUUCGUCGUCCUCUUCUGCCUUCCCUUCACCGUCACCAUCUUCUGCUACGUCAACCUCGUCCGCAUCCUGGUGGCCUUGCCCAACAUCUCGGCCUGGAGGAAGCAGCGGGCCGUAGGCCUGGCUCUGGUUACCUUGUUCAACUUCAUAGUCUGUUUCGCCCCCUACAACCUGUCCCACGUGGUGGGCUUUGUCCAGAACAAGAGCCCCUCCUGGAGGGUGUACGCUCUUCUCCUCAGCACGCUCAAUGCCGCCUUGGACCCCGCCAUCUUCUAUUUCUCCUCCACUGCCGUCCAAAGGGCCUUCGCCAACUGCCUGGCCACCCUGUGGCAUAAACUUAACACCAUCUUGUCCCGGUGCCAUCUCCCCUGCUUGACUCGCUGUGGAGAAGGGGGCAGCGAGUUGAAGGCAGACAGUGAGAACGUGAUUGAGGAGUCGACGACUUGACCCCCAGGAUGAGACUGACUCUCUGCUUCCUCCGCAGAGCCUUCCUUGUCCCAUGCGCCGUAGGAGCAAGAGAUCCUGCACUUGAGCCAGGGACGGCAUCUUCUGUCCUUCCCUGCACCUCCCGAGAGGGCCGUAGGCCUCCUCAGACAGCAGCGUGCGGCGGGGCUUGGAGUUGGUGCCCAACUUCCACAUGGCUUUGGCCUACCUGAGCUUCAGUGUGGUUGGCCAAACUGGCACAGGGGUUUGGCCGACCUCCAGUUGGGGUCAAGGUCCUUCCUUUUCCGCUGCCGGGCCAUGAGCAGUACCGGGUUUACAAUGGCGCCAACGGGAGCGGACCCACACUUAGAAGGGGCCCUGGUGCUGGUACUGUGGCCCCACGCCCCUGCUGGAGCCUGAGCCCCCCCCGCGCCCCACUGAGCCUGUUCCUCCAGAGCCAUUGCUCAUGGUUAGCUCCUCUCCACCCCCACCCCAACUUCCCCCCGCUUCAGUCCUCUCCACCCCUUACACCCGGUGUGAGUGGCGGGCAGGGCCUCAGGGGAGAAGAGGCUGAGCAGGGGCUGGGCCUGGGGGCAGAGCGAGGGCUGGGGCCACGGUCCAUCCUUGGCUCUGGCCACGAGCGGUUGGCCAAGCGUCCCCCCAGACUUCGGCCUACUUCAGCUUUGGAGUGAGUGGCCCAACUUCCUCAAAGAUCCGGCCUCUCUCAGUGUCAGGGUCGCCAUGGCGUCAAGGGCCUUCCUUUGCCACUGCUGGCACAUAAGUGGUUGGCCUAUUUCAUCACUGUCCACCCACUCCAGGUCUUUCCUUCUCCAUGGUUGGGCCCACGGGCAAACAAGCUACUAUGGGCUGUAACUGCAAGGGGAGAACCUAGUGGAGGUUGCUUGAGGGAGGGUAAACAGGCUGGGCUGAGCGGGUCCCAUUUCAGGGGAACCAUUUAGUGGCAGAUGAACAAGGACCAGGCUUCGUGAAGGGCCCGUGGACCCCGAGUUUGCCCUUGUUAAGCUAUGGAGAGCUCCUCCUCUUUGGCCACUAGUAUUAGUGUUUGUUGGCCUCUGUGGAAAUGUAGUUACUGCCUCGGUGGGACUGGAACUCAAGAGGCUACAGCCCAGCACGCUACUGCUUGAGCUAAAGUAGCAGUGCCGUGUGUUGGCGGCAGUAGUAAGGCUAUUAUCUGCCAUGUGGAUGGGAAGGAUUUGGACUCUGGACCUUCACCAUCAACGCACGGCGCAAGCGGAAGGGCCCGCGCCGCUUGGUAGCAGCAGUGGGAACAGGCUGUUAUUAACAAGGAUUUGAACGCAGGACUUCCAGCACCACAGUGACGGGCUCACGUGAUCUAAAAGCGGAGUGCCUUUUACAGCAGUAGUAGGGCUGUUAUCCUCCAGGUGGGUGGGGGAUGGGCGUUUAGCAGGCACACGUACAAUGGACACUGGUCCCUGUGGGUCUGUUCCAGGUCUGGACGUAGAGCUGAGAUCUCCCUCGCGCAAGGUCCUGCACCUCCUCCCUUCACUGACAGAUCUGGUGCCCCCCAGGG